AUGAGUAGUGACACAUCAUAUCAGGGUUUUAAGAAAGGAUCAGGCAAGAAGCCCGCUGACAUCAGAAGGCACACAGUUGAGUCGCUCAAGGUAGCGCCACUUGGUGAUGGUCAUCACGGAAGGGACUUUUACAAAUACUUCUUCACUUCUCAUCCUGAACACCGCCACUUCUACAAAGGUGCUGAGAACUAUACUGGCGACGAUGUGGCAAAGAGCGAGAGAUUUGACAAAUUAGGAGACGCUAUACUUUUAUUCGUUCACGUCUUGGCUAACGUAUGCGAAAACGAAUCGGUGUAUCGAGCAUUUGUUCGAAGAGUUAUGUACGAGCAUUUCGAUAGAUCAAUCGACCCUGAACUUUGGAAGCCAUUUUGGGAUUACUGGAUGGGAUUUCUAGAGAGCAAAGGGGCAGCUUUGACUGCAGAGCAGAAACAGGCUUGGAAAGAGUUUGGUACUGUAUUCAACGCUGAAUGCCAAGCAUAUCUGGCAAGAAUGGAACGCCCACAUGCGUGAAGCUGCGCUUUGGC